AUGUCGGGACCAGAAGGAUCUCUCUAUGCUCUUGAGUGGAAUAACAACAUAUCAGUUGCAAGUAUUACCCUGAUAUCCUAUGAGUACAUGCUUCAGCUCGAGAAAGAGAUCACGUUUGUUUGGGACAGACCGUGGUCAGCAAUGUCAUACAUAUACCUUGUUGUUCGAUAUUUUGGUAUUGUGGUUGCAAUGACUUGCGCCUGCUGGGGAGGUCUAGUUUAUAUGCCUGAAGGAGCGCCUGAUCUACUGCGGCUGACCUCUGGUUUAGUUGUGAGUUAUAGCAUGUUCCUGUUUGUGCAAUGGGGUUUUUCUGUAUAUUUGUGCUUGGCAAAAGUCAUUCUCAUCUGGCGUCUUUACGCCCUAUGCAACCAGUCCAAGCGCAUACUUUAUAUUUCACUGGGGUUGUUCCUACCUAUCGUCGUGCUCUAUAUAGCGGUGGAUAUAUUUUUAUGGAGUCGACCCUCAGCGAUCUCAAUGCAAGAAAUAACAAUAACUCCAAACGUCAAGUACUGCACGUAUUUCUUCCACGUCGGACCUAUGCCUGCGGUAUAUGCUGCCAUCCCUGUCAUAUGCUAUGAUAUUUUCCUGGUUGUUCUCGCCAUUGCCGUCCUCGUGAAGCACCUGAAAGAACGGAAGGAACUUAAGAUAAAGCCUAAUGCCUAUAUAGUCAUGAUCGUCCGAUAUCAUGUCAUAUACUUUGUCCUGUAA